AUGAAACAAACACCACAAUGCCGGGAAGGUGCCUUCAGAAGACAGCAUUUUAUUAAGAGGGAAACUGCCUCAUCUAACAUCUCCAGACAAGAAAAUGGAGUUUAUUAUAACGACAUGUUAAUGGAAGCAAGCACCUUUGGGGGGAAAAAUCCCACAUAGAAAGAGUUGAAGACUGCUGAUAAAAGGUGAAGCAAUCAUGAGUUACCAGAAUGCUGCGCUUGAGUUCCAUGUGGGGUGGAAGCCUGGGUCGGAAAGGCCUGCGGGUGAAGACAACGCCGCUGGACCGCUGGAAGAGCGCUUCACUGUGGGCGACUUUGUGAAAAUACAGAGCGCCUUUGAGUCCCCAGAGCCAAGGCAAACCAUCUCUAUGUCCAGAGAAGAGUUUGUGCUGAGGAUGACAGACAUUGUUGGAUGGGGCAUGAAGGAAGAAUAUCAAGAGCUCUUUGACAAAGUGGAUGUGACCCAAGAUGGCUUCAUUAAUUGGGACAAGCUGACCUCAUUUAUACUGUUAGCACUCUACGAGAAAGAUGAACGGGCUAGAGCAGCCGUGGUUCCCCAGUGGAAGAACCUUGAAUUCCUCCCAGCAAAACACAAGGACACUAUUCAAAAAGUAAUUUUCUUAAAAAGUUCAAGUCAUUAUCUGACUAUCAGUAAAGAAGGUUUAUUGGGAAUCUGGGGAGAGAAUUUAAAGCUGCAAGAAACACUUCCUAUCACUUCAGAUGCCACCAAACUCAAACACCUCUGGGUCACAAGUCUGGUUUCUCUGGAAAAUGUAAACAAGAUAGCUGUGGCUUUCACAUGUAAAGAGAUUUGUUUUUAUGAUCUGCUGUCCAAAGAAGAAUUUCUUUGUCAAUAUAAACUCCAAGGCCUGAAAGCAACCCCGAUUUGCAUGGAUUAUUGGUAUGACCCUCUUGAUGCCAACGAAUCAAUUCUUUCUUUUGGAGACAUAACUGGAAAGGUUCAAGCAAUUUCUUUCACAACGGCCUUGAUUUCCCUGUUUGAGCGGCCUGCUAGUGCUUGUGAAGAUGGAGAUGCUACCGCUACUAUGAUCAUUAACUGGGCAGAACUGCUAUCUGGAUAUCACAAAUGUUGCCUUUUAUUAGAGCACAAACUUCAUCACAGAGACUGGGUCAGGCAAGUUACUUACAAUGCAUCUUUAGAUGCUAUCAUUUCCAGUACGACCAGCAAUAUAAAUACUAUGGUGCUGGCUUGGAGAGAGAAAUCAAAAAAACAUCUUAAAAUGACAUCCUUCAACAUUGUCCAGGGCAUUCAUGCUUUUGAUUACCACUCUCAGCUCAAUUUAAUUGCAACUGCUGGCAUUAACAAUAAAGUUUGCCUUUGGAAUCCCUAUGUUGCCUCUAAGCCAGUUGGUGUCCUUUGGGGUCAUUCUGCCAGUGUAAUAGCUGUCCAAUUCUUUGCUGACAGAAAACAGCUUUUCAGCUUCUCCAAAGAUAAAGUUUUGAGACUCUGGGAUAUUCAACACCAGCUGUCCAUCCAGAGGAUAGCUUGUUCUUUCCCCAAAAGUCAGGACUUCAGAUGUCUUUUCCACUUUGACGAAGCCCAUGGACGACUUUUCAUCUCAUUUAAUAACCAGUUAGCAUUGCUGGAGAUGAAAAGCGAAGCAGGCAAGAGGGUGAAAAGCCACGAGAAAGCAGUCACUUGCGUUCUUUAUGCUUCCAUCUUGAAGCAGGUAAUCAGCUCUGAUAUUGGGUCUACAGUUUCCUUCUGGAUGAUAGACACCGGGCAGAAAAUCAAACAGUUUACUGGUUGUCAUGGCAAUGCAGAAAUCAGCACCAUGGCUCUAGAUGCAAAUGAGACACGGCUUUUGACUGGCAGCACAGAUGGAAAUGUAAAGGUAUGGGACUUCAAUGGAUAUUGUCACCACACACUUAAUAUUGGGCAAGAAGGAGCUGUGGAUAUUUCACAGAUAUUGGUUCUUAAGAAGACCAUACUGGUCAUUGGCUGGGAGAGGGCCAUUACUGUGUUUCGAUCCCAGAGCUUCAAUCAAUUUUUCAUCCACCCUGAAGAAUGGAAAGGAGGAGUACAGCAUUAUGACGACAUCUUGUGUGCUGCAUUUUUACCUCCACAAACUCUUGUUACAGGAAGUUAUGAUGGAGAAAUUGUUGUGUGGAACAAUAGCACAGAAAAUGCUCACUGUGUCCUUCAUCCUGAUUACCAGAGGCUGCUAAAAUCAAAAUUGGAGCUUCCAAUGUCUGUCAGUGCCGGGAGAGGCAGCUCUACCACCCCCAGGGCAGACCAGGCCACCCUGGAAGUCCGCUCCUCUGAGAUUGACACUGAGGGUGGUAAUGCUGUUCUGAGGCUUUGUUUCCUUGAGGCGAGAAAAGACACUGCAGCAACAGGAGGAGCUAACCUGGUAUCAUGUGGAGGAUCUGGUUAUGUCAGAUUCUGGGAUACGAUUAAGAAGGAACUUUUGGCUGAAUUUUUAGCUCAUAGUGGAGUUGGAUCCAUUAUCAUGUCUACCGAUAAGCUGAAUCAAUACCUUGUCACAGGAGAUAUUAAUGGAUGGUUGAAAAUCUGGAAUAUAGAGGAGUACUGUCUUGAUUCCAUUAAGAGUAAAGUCACACAGCCCCCAACACUGAUAAGAUCAUUCCAACCCCAUGAGGACCGAAUCAGCUCCCUGGAGAUGUGUGAGCUGGGUGGCCGUUUGCUGAUUAUCUCGUCCUCUGCAGACUGCAGUAUUUCUCUGUCUGAUAUCUGCAGUGCUUCCAUCUGGAUCUUUGGUCAGGCAAAGCAUUGGCAAAUUGAAAACGGGGUUUCCCUUCCUAAAAGAAAUGCUAAUUUUGUGGAAAAUGAAAUUCAAGAGGAAUGUGUAAGGGCGAUGCCUAUAUUUUCUAAGGAAGAAUCAUGCUUAGAUGCAGCAGAACAUUCUCCACUUGGUGAGAAAAGCAAAGAAGACUUAAUAUACAAUGUCAUACCAUCAGAAGAUAUACAUUUGGAUAUGAACUAUAAAGAAAGAACUGUCCAUAAGAAAAAAACACAUAAACUUUACAAUGCUGAAGUUAUACAAAAAUCAUCCAGUGCAUUUAGGUUGUUAAGCAUCAGAGCCCUGAAGAAGCUGCCUGAAGUGAACAAACCUGCUUUUCUUCUUGACCCUGAGAGAUACUUUAGAGAAGAGCCAGAGGAGGAAUGUCCCCCAAUUCCAGAGCCUCCAUCACUUUCUGACACUUUGAAAGCUGUAUUUGUUGAGAAAAACCUGUUCCCCAAAGAAAUUCUGGAUCGUGAACGAAGAGCCAAACAAUUGUGUCAGGAAACAAGUAGUGAAGCGAAGACAAAAAGAAACAAGAAGCAAUUAUAACUGAAAGAAAAAUAUUUCAUUGUCACAAAAGUGCGCACAGAAAAGGAAGCAAAAUAAUAAAGAAUCUUGCCCCUUUCUUUUUUUAUAUACUUCUAGUAAUUUUAAUGAUUUAAUUGUAAAAUUGGCAAUUAGACUUGCCAAUAUCAGUGUUUCCUGUUAAGGUUUAUUGAGAAAUUAUGGAGAUGUUCCUCUUCUAUUCUUUGAUAUGCUAUGCUUUAAAAUUGAGAGGAAGGAAUAACCAAAGGGCCUGAGGCUAAAAAGGACAUACUCUAAGUGGAAGGUCAAGUAGGAAACAAUGGGCUCUGAAAUUCACUGCCUAGCUUUUUUGACCCAUUUGUCUUCAUAAACAUGACUAUCCAUGAGGUAACCAAUAUUUUUAUGCUAUUUUAUUUACUAUGUCUUGUAGAAAAGAGUUAAUAAGUUCAUUUGCAUAACUUUGGUUGCUAUGUAUUUGAAUUUUAGAGUGUUUUCAAGAAUAUCUGUAUUCUAAUAAGAUAUUUUAAAACAACAUAUGCUAAUCAAUGAAGGAAUUUACAAAAUUAGGGGGCUCCUUUCUCCUAAGACUGUGAAGCUUCAUCUUGUUUAAAUUUCACAAUAACCAUAUGAGGUAAAUAUUGUUAUAUCUAUUUUAAGGUUAAAAUGUAAGAUUUGGUGUCAUUAGGUGAGUGACCCAUAACCAUGACAGAGCUGGUAUUGGAGCCAAGGACUGUUUUACUCCAAAGACCAUAGUUUUUGUUGUUUACCAUUUUGUUCAUUCACAUAUUAGUACAUUCAAUGGAAUGAAUUCUAAUAUUAGAAUUUCCAGCACCCAUGGGAAAUGUGCAUUUGGUUGGAUAGAGUGGUUGGUGAAGGAAUGGUUUCUAGAAUUAGCUAUUCCAUCUACAUUUAAAUCCAUCUUUGAGUCAGGCAUUGUGAGUUCUAUACGUAGUGAUUUUCCUCCCUACUGAAUGACAGUCACAUGUGGAAAAGAGGCAGACCCACCCAGACACAAUCACACAAACACACGCACACAUAUAUAGAGAGAACAAAUGUGGUAUGUGUUCACAGAUGGGGAAAAUGGAAGGGGGGAUGGUAGUUCUUUGUACUGUACUUGCAACUUUGAUUGGGCAAUCCAUCAUUACAAACUCAGUGCCUAUGAUUUAUAAAUCUUAGAUUGGUGACAGAGAAGUGGAGUGAAAUCUGAGCCACAUUCCCAGAAAUUAAAAAAAUAUAUAUUAAGUUGUUAAAGAGAUGUAAGAUGAGCACCAAAUGCUUUUUGAAGACCCUUUACUCCAUCCAUCUACUCAUCCAUCCAUCCAUCCAUCCUUCCAUCCGUCCGUCCAUCCAUCUGGCACAUGCAAGGGAUUAUUUUAGAUAAGAGAGACACAAAUAUGAGUAGGAUAUACUUCUCCUGUCCUCAGCCUUCUAGAGUAAAGGCACAUAAACUGCACUGUUUUAUUAAACAAAGAUUGAAUUGCCCCACUAGAUUUUAUAAUUUGGAAAUCUUUCACUAGACAUAUUUUAAUUUUUACCCCUGGAGAUAACUUCAUUUGAAGUGAUUACUCAGAAACUGUCUGGUUUAUAGACAGAGUUUCUCUAAUAAUCCUAGAGAGGUAAUGGAUAAAGGGCAAUGUGGGUGGAAUUUAUUCAUUUAUAGGAAAAGUAUUUGUCAAGCAUCUACUAUGUUUGCAAGGCACUGUGCUGAGUGUAACUUUAGCUUCAUGCUUACUUAAUGUCAAGACUUCUUUUGUGAAAGAUGUACAAGCAUAUUUAAUGAGAAUAGAGCUUUUAAAGAUAUGAGAAUUUCUUUUAAUGUUACCACUUCUAAUAGUUUGGGACAAAAUCAUGUAAAAAAGAAAAAAAAAUUAAAAGGAAUUUAGCUCUUACAUAUCACUCUUCUUUUAUAACUUACAGCAUCCAAUUCUUUUAGGCAGGUAGCAGGGUCUCAUCCAUCAACUAUUAAUAGAACUGAAGACAUCAAAAGCCACUUCUGAAGUUACAAUUAUUUUCAGUUAUUUAAGAUCAGUUUUUCCACAGUGAAAGGAACUUGUCACAUUAAAAUAGUUUAUGCCAUAAUUUUCAGUAGGCUACCUUUUUUUGCAAUACGUAGAUUUACAUUGAAGGUAAUUUAGCCUGUUCUCUUUUCAGAUCCUUUUCAUUUUAUCACUUAAAAUGCAUAGGGUAAACUGACAGAGAAAAAUUGCCUGAACUUAACCUGUGCUCAAAUAGAAGAAAUAACUUUUAAGUCCUUUACUAAUUAGAGUAUUUGGAAUUAAAUACAUUUUACUUUAAAAAAAACUACAAAAUGCUAAGAAAGGUAAUGAAAUUCUAACUGUAACAUCUUGCUAGUAUUUUUGUAUGCAUUCCCACUUUUCUUUUUUACAGUAGAAUGGUGAUAGUGCUCAAGAAAUUUAUAUCAAGAUAUUUUGGCUCUCACUAAUGAAUUUUUUUUUCUCUGAUGCUCUAGGGGCAUAGAAUUGCAGAAGGAAAAGAGUUGUGAAAAUAUUUAAAAUGUGUGCAGUAAUAUUUUAUGGUAUUGUGGUACCUUUAUUGUGUAUUAAAAGAGCUUAAGCCAGGGAGGAGGAACUCAUGGUUAUUGUUUUUAUUCCUCAAGAGACAGAACAAUGUACAUUCAACUUAAACUGCUCUAACAUACGGUUCUUACAGAACAACUUCAUUAAAUAGCCUUAAUAAGACAGUAACUAAUUCUGUCAUUGGACAGAAAAGUAAUGGCCUUUUCACAGAAAAAUCACUUUAUUAUCUGAUUACAGACAUAAUAAUAUGAUAGUCAAGGUUACCUGUAAUGGAUGUUUCCUGGUGUCACUACAUGGGCAGAACAGUAUUGACUGAAUGAUAGUCUUGGAUAUUGCAACUUAUUAUUUAUGUAUUAAAGAGUGGAACAAGAAUGAUAAGUGUUCUUGUGUUUCACAACUCUUUUUGGAAUAUUAUCUCUAGCAGUGUUAAGUUAAAGCUGAAGUGGAAUUUGCCCAUGCUACAGUAACUUAACAGAAUAAACCCCAAGAUUUAGGAAACAUCUGGAGAUGCCUAGAUUGGUAAUUUGAAUUUUAGUAAACUAAGAGAUGAUGGCCUAUAAUAAUCAUCAGGCUUCUCAGGCCUGUUGUCACCAUUGAUAGCUCUAUUAGGACACUGAGAGAGGUUAACAGAAUUCUUGAAAAAGUUUUUUAAAUGAAUACUUUUUAAGCUGUCUUUGCUUGUGGUGGUUGGAGGCUGUAUGUACUCCAGAAAAACAUUCUUACUAAUGUAAGAUCCAUUCUGAUGGGUGUGAACCCAUUGUAAGUAUGAUCUUUAGAUGAAGCUACUUCAGUUAAGGUGUGGCCCACCUCACUCAA